AUGUCGACGUUGUUGCCAAGGUUCGUUGUUCUCAAGUCGAUGUGGAAUGGCAAAUACUUGAGAAAGAUGAGUAAAGAUGAGAGUAAUGAAAAAGGGAUGAAUGCAACAUUCUUGAAAUUUGAAGGAGAGGACAUUACGAGCCCUUUAGUAAAGUUUGCAGUGGAGAUAGCCCAAAGAAAUCGGGAGUUCGUGCACCUUCGAAGUUGUCACAACAACAAAUACUUGACCAUAGAGCCCAAUAAUAGUCUCAUGAGGAUUGUGGCGGGGGCCGAUGAACCCAUAGAAGACCUUGAUUCACUCUCAUGUACUAUGUUCAAGCCUAUCCAAGCUAAUGGUUCAAAUGAAAUAAUAACAUACGAAGAGUUGCGUUUUGGAUUUUUCCACGCGUCAACAAAUAGUUACGCUUGUCAGACAGAAUCUGCGUCGAAGCCUUACGCGAGUGGUAUGUUUGUGGGAUAUAAAAUUUUAUCUAAGGAUCUAUUUCCUUGCAGUUUGUUCAAAGUUUUGGAUUGGGAUUCGCUUGUAAUAUUCCCAAAAAAGGUAUUGUUUAAGAUGGUUGGGCACGAGAAAUAUCUUAGCUUGCGUCAAAUCCAGCGUAGGCCAUAUUUGCAAUUUGUUGGCUAUGACAACGGGGAUAACACGACGGAGUAUGAGAUAUCUACCUUUGGUGAUGGCUAUGUUCGCAUAAAAUCACUCUCCAAUAAUAAAUUUUGGAGGCGCAGUCCUAAUUGGAUUUGGGCUGAUUCUGAUGAUGAGUCAGGAAACAACAAGAACACGCUCUUUCGGCCAAUUAGAGUCGCUGAUAACGUGGUGGCCUUUCAAAACAUGGGGAACAAUAAUUUUUGCAAGAGCCUUACCACCGAAGGCAAGACAAAUUGUCUGAAUGCAGCUAUGCCCAACAUCACCAUUGAUUCGAAACUGGAAAUACUAGAGAGGGUCCUUGAAAGAAGUAUCUACAACAUCAAUUUCCGCCAAGAUGAGAGUAGAGUCUACGAUCUCAAAGUCAUGGAUUUGGUCCCCAAGGCUACUGCCGCUAACUACACCAAUGAAGAGAACACCUUAGCCCUCAACUUCUCGUACAAGAUUACAAAAUCCAGUACCUUCAGUGGCAAUGCUUCCCUUAAGUUAGGAGUCAAAACAACCUUUGAAACUGCAGUUAUUCCACUCAUCGCGAAGGGAAGUGUUGAAAUUUCAGGUGAAGUUACAAUCGGACUUCAGUGGGGCAAUACAACAUCUAUUGAAACCGUAACCGAAACUACCUAUACUGCUAGAGUGCCUGCUAUGACUAGGGUGACAGUCACUCUUAUAGCAACUCAAGGAAAGUGUGAUGUUCCCUUCUCUUAUGUUCAACGCGAUUCUCUUUACAAAGGGGGUAUUAGAGUCACGAAAAUGGAUGAUGGAAUGUUUAAAGGGAUCAAUAUGUUCGAUUUUCGGUUUGAUAGCCAUUAUGAAAAGUUGGUUGUACCAUGA